AUCCCUCUCCCUAUCCGCACUCCCACCACCAACCACCACCACCACCGACCCCACCCCCCUUGCACCAUCUCUCACAUCUCUCUCUCUCACUUCUCUCAUUCCACUCUUUCUUUUCCUAUCUCACUUCACUCUUGUAGCCACUUCGAAAGGGCCUUGUCCUCGUGCUUACCGCCGACUGCACCUAGAGCAGCUCCCCACGGCAGCAGUAGCACAGGCAGACCACCAUCAACGCCACGUGUAGCGGCGUCACCUUCCGCACGCACGCCGCGCGCCGCACACACCACACACAAUGAGCUCAAGACCCCCGCUGACGGCAACCCGUCCAGCGCCGCAAAUGGGAACCCCCAGGCGACCAGGCGGCGCGCGUCCAAAUCCAUCACAGGCAGCGGCCGCAGCAGCAGCUGCAUCUGCAUCGGCAGCCCCUGGAGGUACGCCGCCGCCGCCGGUAACGCCAUCACACCGACAGGACUCGGGUUCCGGGUCUGGCUCUGGCAGUGGGUCUGGCUCGUCGACCCCAUCGGCCACUCCAAACCCCAGCUAUACCUACGCGCCCUCUCCCUCUUCCUUCCCCACGCGUGCAGGCCCACAACCACCAAAGCUUAGCAUCCCGUCUGGCAAUGUCCCCGGCAUCAACGUGGACCAAGCAGGUAUUGGUGGCUGGCACCAGCCGCCGCCGGCGCUGCCGUCACUGGCGAUGAAGCCGCGAUCUGGGUCCUCGUCGUUGGCGCCUGGCGCGUCAUCACGACCAAGACUGACUCUGUCGCCUGCACUCCCGCCGCAAAGGCCGCAGACGGCGCCCCAGCUUCCGACACUGGCCACGGGACCAAGUCUACGGCCAAGUCUGACCCUUGACCCGAGUGUGCCCCCGGCGCAGUUCGCACCGGGCGCUCCUCCUCGAGCGGCACCACGACCGGGCGGGUUAAAGCUCCAGCUUGCGAUCCCAACUGGGAGCGGAGGCGGGGGCGCGGCAUUCAUGGCCAACGACUACCCAGAAGAACGGACACCUGUGCCUGGAGAGGACCGCGACGCGACGGUUCAUGCGCACAACCCGAGGCAUGAGCCAGGAUACUCGGCCUAUGGCGGUGGAUAUGGCGGGUACGGCGGCGACAACGACGGGCAGGGCCUGCAAUGUGCGGAGGAGGCCGGGUUCCAGAUUGAGGACAUUCGUCAAGCCGUGUCUCGCAUGGGCAGGCGCGAUACCAGCCCGGCACCCAGUGCGGGCCGCUCGCGCGCGGGCUCUGCGGCCGGAUCAUUCUACGACCAGCCGCGCUCUGGGUCGCGCACGGCGAGCCGGAGCGACUCGCGCAGCAGCCUGGUGGACAUGGACCUGUCAACGUUGCGUGCCCUGUCGAUUUCAACUCCCACCCGCGACUUGGAGAACGGCGCAAGCCGGCCCACAUCUCUGCACGAGCAGGCCGUCUGCGAUGAGCCCGCGGUCUGGAUCGACCCGAAUGUCGAGCCCGAGCUCAGGCUCAUCCGUCACUUGGGCGAAGGCGCUGGCGGCGCCGUUGAUCUCGUCGUCGAGGCACGUUCCGGCAAGGUCAUGGCGAGGAAGGUUAUUACCCGCUCGCCCAACCCCAACAUGCACCGUCAGCUCAUGCGCGAGCUCCAGUUUGCAUCGGAACGAUCGCCGUACAUUGUGGAGCACUAUGGCGCGUUCCUCGCCGAGCGUGACACGCAAAUCUGCAUCCUGAUGGAGUACUGCGAGGCCGGCUCGCUCGACUACCUCAUUGGCAGGAUGAAGGAGACGGGCUUGCUUGCUUCGGAGCACGUCCUGGGACGCAUCGCGUCUUCUGUGCUUCGCGGCCUCGACUACCUGCACGAGCGACACAUUAUCCACCGAGACAUCAAACCUAGCAACAUUCUCAUUACGCGCAACGGACUGGUCAAGCUCUGCGACUUUGGCGUGGCCGGCGAGCUGGUCGACUCGCACGCUGGCACCUUUACGGGCACUUCAUUCUACAUGGCGCCUGAGCGUAUCCAAGGCCAGAACUACUCGAUCAAGGCCGACGUGUGGUCGCUCGGUCUGACGCUGCACGAGGUGGCGCACCUGCGGUUCCCAUUCCCUCCCGAGGGCGAGCCACAGAACGUCGCACCGAUCGAGCUGCUCAGCUACAUUGUCACGGCGCCGGUCCCUGCAAUGGUCGACAACCCGGCCACUGGUCGCCAGCCGUGGUCUCCUGAGAUCCGCGACUUUAUUGCGCAGUGUCUGAUCCGAUCGGGCACUGAGCGCCCCUACCCCCGCCAGUUACUCCAGCAUCCCUUCAUCAUUGGGUCGGAACACAAGAAUGUCAAUAUGGCCAGAUGGGUCGAGAGGCUCGUGCCGUCGCUCAACAACCCGCCUGUCGCAUAAAUGCCUCGAUAACAUUACACACACUCACGAACAUGGACGAUGACCCCAGAACUACUGCACUCGUUGCAACUCGACGCAAACCACUUUCCACCACUUCCCAUUCCACUCCACGCCCCCACUUCCCCGUCCCCUGUCCUUGCACUCACUCGCGCGGCCGCCGAGCCAGCUACAUUACCCUAGUAGAUCCACCACUGCAUGUGCCUAAAACUCUGAUAUGCAUG